GCGGAAGUCAGCGUGAUCUUUUCUUACAGAAGGGAGGAACCAGCAGUAAGAAGACCUGCGAUGUAAUAAAGCCUUCCCUGGAUUAUUACUAUAAAGCCUGCGCCUUCUCCAGGAGGAGACAUGGCUAUCUUAUUUGCAGUUGUUGCGAGAGGAACCACCAUACUUGCUAAACAUGCCUGGUGUGGUGGCAACUUUCUGGAGGUGACGGAGCAGAUCCUAGCAAAGAUCCCAUCGGAGAACAACAAGCUCACUUACUCCCAUGGCAGUUACUUGUUCCAUUACAUCUGUCAGGACAGAAUCAUAUACUUGUGCAUUACCGAUGACGAUUUUGAGCGUUCCAGAGCAUUCAGUUUCCUCAAUGAAAUCAAGAAACGCUUCCAGACGACGUAUGGAUCAAGAGCGCAGACCGCGCUACCCUAUGCCAUGAACAGUGAAUUCUCCAGCGUCCUGGCGGCUCAGCUGAAAUACCACUCGGAGAAUAAAGCAGUGGACCGUGUUGUGGAAACCCAAGCCCAAGUGGAUGAGCUGAAAGGCAUUAUGGUCCGGAAUAUAGAUCUCGUUGCCCAGAGAGGAGAACGGUUAGAGCUGUUAAUAGAUAAAACAGAGAACCUUGUGGACUCGUCUGUAACCUUCAAGACAACAAGCAGAAAUCUGGCCCGGGCGAUGUGCAUGAAGAAUUUGAAGCUGACCAUCGUUCUUGUUAUUGUAACUAUAGUUAUAAUCUUCUUCAUCGUAUCCGCAGCAUGUGGAGGCCUGACAUGGCCCAGCUGUGUGAAGUAAUGUCCUCUUUUCCGAUGCAUGAACAAGUUCUCGAGGAACCAGAACUUUAAUUACUACCUAUUGACGUAUGAGUUACCCUACAGAAAAGAGACUCGUGUGAGGAAGCCUUUUCCCUGCUGGAAAUCUCCCCUUAGCCUCAUUUUUCCAUCUUUCUGGACUGACGCUGCAUCUCUCUGCCUUAUAACAUAUACAACGAAACCUCACCUGGAAAACCCGCGAUCCUGUGCGGCAAGAGAUGGGAUGAAGAAUGGUAAAUAAAGAUAAAAAACCCCACUUCUUUCUAGUUUUGUUGCUGUUUUUUGUCUGACAUCAGUUUCUCCACGCAAGGAUUUUUUUAAACCGGGUUAUGUUUUUAACCUGAUCUGAUAAUCGUAUUGUCUUAUUUUAAUAUUUUGUUCAGAUAUAGUUGUCGCUGGUAUUUUUGGGCAGAUGGCCUUGGUGACAUCAUCAGGUAUAUGCACCCCCCCGUGACAUGUACCAUGGCCAUUUCUGCUUCUCUGAAGGUAAUUUGAGGGAAAAUAAACCGCAGUAGUAGUUAUGUGUAAUUAUUAAAGAUUGUAGUGUACUUUGUUUACCGUGUUGGUUUCUCCCCAUGACACUCUUCUCACGUGCUCUUCUUUAAUGUUGAAUGUAUAUGUAUUUUGUGCCCGCAGCGGGAUCGAGUUAAAGGUACAGCAUUAAAUGCCACGUGAUAUUACCAUGCAGGCCUGCAGCAAUUCUGUAGCAAAGAUAUUUAUCCCUACCCAUAGACUUGGCUUUGACCGCAUGAAUUACUGAAAAACAUUCUCAGCCGCAUUAUAUCAAUAAACCGCUCAUCUUUCCAA